AUGCAAGUGGUGAUUGUACCAACUCCAACUCAGCCUGAGAUGAAUGAAAAGGCUGAAGCUGAAGCUGAUCCUCAAAAGCAGAUUAUUGCUGUUCUACCUUUGAGAAUUAUCGACCCUGAUUCUUACUUUGACGGGGAGAUUCCUAAAGAAGAAGUUCCUCAAGGAACUAAUAGUGACAUUGAAUCUGAAUUGAUCAGCUCAAUCCUCAAAAGAGGAAGUCUUGUUUAUCAGGGGGAGCUCAUGACGUUGAAGCUGGAAGCUCUUCUAUUUUGUUGCUGUGAGUGGAUGCAAAUUCAAGGAAUCAUUGACAAACUUGUGGGUAUUCCAGCUCAAGAAGUGAAGUUGGCAAUUCAGGAGUUGCUUAGUAAUGUCAAGAAGUUGAACCUUCUUCCAGCAACAUGUCCAUCUAGAUCCUCCUCCUUAGGAAGAAUAGGCACUCCUAGACAAUCUAAGAAUACCAAGUUUCUUCUUGCUUAUUGUAUUAAGUACAUUAGCAAUAAACUGACAGUGGGUGUUGAACCUGUUGGAUACAUGUUCAUUCUAGAACCUAAGCAUGGUAUAUUUUAUAUUGACAGUUAA